GCGGCGGCGUACGGAGGCGGGAAGAUGCCGCAUCCCGGCAUGAUGGCGGCCGGCCCGUCGAUCAACCAAUACGGCAACCAGUCGCCGCAGAGCCAAUACCCACCAGGUGCCUAUAAUCGAGGACCGGCAGGUGGCAGCACCGUGCAGGGUUACGGCGGCCAGCAGCCGCAGCAGCAGCAACAACAGAACAGCUACGCACCGCCCGGGCAGUCGGCCGCCGCGAUGAACCAGUACGGUGGCGCCCCCAUGAGCCAGCCGUCGUCCUACGGCGGCUACCGCGGCGGUGGCGGCGGCGGCGGCAUGGUGCCGCCAGACCUCGCCGGCGCCCCCUACCCUCCGCAGGGGGCGCCACAGUACCCGACGAUGUCCGGCAUGUCGAACGCGGUGCCGCACGCAGGUCCGCACGCUGCGGCGAAGGCAGCCAUGAUCGCCGCUCAACGCGUCUCGCAGCAGCGCCCGCCGGCGCCCUCUUUUGGCGGCGACGCGCAGCAGGGGGCGCCGCCGCCGCCGCAGUCGCAGCGGAUGUACGCGGCGGCGGGAAAGUACGUCGGCAGCGCGCUGAGUCCGUCACCGGGCGGCGGCCAGCAGGGGGCGCCGAUGGGCUCGCCGGGGAUUGGAUUAAACAUGAGCAGUCCGACGGCGGGGCCGCGCGUCAUGAGCCCCAACAUGGCGGCUGCGACGUCGCCGGGCAUGCGCCACCCGGGCGCCAGUCCGCUGCACAACAGCAUGGAGUCGAUGGCCGGUAUGACGUCACCGCUGCACUCGCCGAUGCCCGGCCCGCCAUCGCAGCAUUCUCGCUCGCAGACACCGAUGUCGAGCGGUGGCGCCCCCAUGGUCGGCGGCGACGGCAUGGUGACCAGUACAGCGGCGUCGGGACCCGUGACACAGGCUGUGACAAGUCCGGCGUCCUCGAUCACCGGUUCGAUGGUUGACGUGAUGGGACCGCCGGCUCACUACCCACACCUAGACACACCCAUGCAGCAGCAGCAGCAGCAGCAGCAACAGCAGCAGCAGCAGCAGCAGCAACAACAUAUGGUGAAGCAGGAGGCGCCAAUGAGGCCGCCGUCGCACCCGCCGACGCCCGGCGCACUGCCGACCCCCUCCCCCAGCUCGGCUAGCAUGACGAGUUUCCAUGGCGACGACACGGAGACGAACAGCCCGACGUGGCCACGGACGCCCUCUAGUCCG